CUCUAAAGUGAACGUGCUAGAGCUCGAGCUGAUGUCCCGCCCACAGAAACACAAUCCGGAAAGCUGAAAACUAGUUAACACCUGGUGUCAUGAUUUAGCCUGUAAGAAUCAAGUGUUUAUUUAUGGACUGACGGCGUAUACACUGCGACAGGAUCUAGAUAAACGGGGUGGAGAUGGCAUUAUGGAUCCAGGCUCAGCAGCUACAAGGCGAUGCCCUGCACCAGAUGCAGGCUCUCUAUGGUCAGCACUUCCCCAUAGAAGUGCGACAUUACUUUGCUCAGUGGAUCGAGUCCCAGCCCUGGGAUGCGAUAGAUCUGGAGAAACAGCAGGAGGAGUUUAAAGCGAAGCGUCUGCUGGACAGUCUCAUCCAAGAACUGCAGAGAAAAGCAGAGCAUCAGAUGGGAGAGGAUGGUUUCCUCCUCAAAAUCAAACUCAGCCAUUAUGCUUCACAGUUAAAGAGCACAUAUGAUCCUUGUCCCAUGGAACUGGUGCGGUGUAUUAAACACAUCCUCUAUACAGAGCAGAGACUUGUGCAAGAAGCUUCUAAUGUGAGCACCUCAGGGGGUGGGCUGAUGGAUGGCACCCCUCAGAAAUACCAACAGAUCAACCAGGUGUUUGAAGAACUGCGUGUGAUGACACAAGAUACUGAAAACGACCUGCGUAAACUCCAGCACAGCCAGGAGUACUUCAUCAUACAGUACCAGGAGAGCCUGAGGAUACAGGCUCAGCUGAGCAGUCUGUCAAACUUGCCCCCAGCGGAGCGUGUGCAGAGAGAGGCAAGCCUACAGAGCAGGAAGGCUACUCUGGAGGCUUGGCUAACCAGAGAGGCCAACACACUGCAGGAAUACCGACAGGAUCUAGCAGAGAAACAGCAGAGAACUCUGGCCCUAUUACGGAAGCAGCAGACUGUGAUUGUGGAUGAUGAAUUAAUCCAAUGGAAGAGACGGCAGCAGCUGGCAGGCAAUGGAGGACCAUCAGAGGGUUCUCUGGACAUCCUGCAGUCCUGGUGUGAGAAGCUGGCAGAUAUGAUCUGGCAGAACAGGCAGCAGAUUCGCCGUGUGGAACACCUUACCCAGCAGCUGCCUAUACCUGGUCCAACAGAAGAACUCCUCAAAGAUCUUAAUGCCACGGUCACGGACAUCAUAUCUGCACUGGUCACCAGUACCUUUAUCAUAGAGAAACAGCCACCGCAGGUGUUGAAGACGCAGACAAAGUUUGCAACAACGGUGCGCUUGCUAGUCGGCGGGAAGCUAAAUGUGCACAUGAACCCACCUCAGGUGAAGGCUACCAUCAUCAACGAACAACAAGCCAAAGCCCUGCUGAAGAACGAGAGCACCCGCAAUGACAGUAGUGGAGAGAUCCUCAAUAACAACUGUGUGAUGGAGUACCACCAAGCUACAGGGACCCUCAGUGCACACUUUAGAAACAUGUCUUUAAAGCGUAUCAAGCGUUCAGACAGGCGUGGUGCUGAGUCAGUGACUGAGGAGAAGUUUACAGUUCUGUUCGAAUCGCAGUUCAGUGUUGGUGGCAAUGAGCUUGUGUUUCAUGUCAAGACGUUAUCUCUGCCAGUUGUCGUCAUCGUUCAUGGUAGUCAGGACAACAACGCCACGGCAACAGUCCUGUGGGAUAACGCGUUUUCCGAGCCUGGCCGUGUCCCAUUCGCCGUGCCCGAUAAAGUGUCGUGGCCGCAGCUGUGUGAAGCUCUGAACAUGAAGUACAAGGCAGAGGUGCAGAGUGACCGAGGUCUGUCGGAGGAGAACCUGGUGUUUCUGGCGCAGAAGGCCUUCAGCAGCUCCAGCAGCAGCCCUGAGGAGUACCGCAGCAUGACUAUGACCUGGUCCCAGUUCAACAGGGAGAGUUUACCAGGCCGGAACUUCACCUUUUGGCAGUGGUUUGAUGGAGUGAUUGAACUCAUGAAAAAGCACCUCAAAGCCCACUGGAAUGAUGGAGCGAUACUGGGCUUUCUGAAUAAGCAGCAGGCACAGGACAUGCUGCUGUCGAAACCCAACGGAACCUUCCUGCUGCGCUUCAGUGACUCUGAGAUUGGGGGCAUCACCAUCGCGUGGGUCGCAGAAAAUCCCAAUAAAGCAGGAGAGAGAAUGGUGUGGAACCUGAUGCCCUUCACCACUAAAGACUUCUCUAUCCGCUCAUUGGCUGACCGCAUUAGUGACCUGAACCACCUGCUGUUUCUGUACCCCAACCAGCCCAAAGACGAGAUCUUCUCCCGCUACUGCACCCCACCAAACUCUAAAGCAGUAGGGGAUGGGUAUGUCAAACCUGAGAUCAAGCAGGUGGUUAAAGUAGAUUUUACCUCACCCAAUCCUGAGCAGUCUCCUGGAAACCCUGCCUUCAUUGACCACCACACAGCCUCACCUACUGUCAGUCAACAAAACAGUUUUGGAAUCUACCCUCCAAUCAGUGACCCCAUGCUGGAUGCCGAGGGUGAGUUUGAUCUGGAUGAGACCAUGGACAUGGCCAGACAGGUGGAAGAGUUCCUUCGGCAGCCAUCUGAACCACAGUGGACUGGGCAGCAGUCGUGACCUUUGACCUGAAGUUCCAUGACCUCUCACCCUAACUACAGCAACACAAGGGGUUCCAUUCCAUUUUUUUGUUGUUAUUGUUUUUCUACAAAAUGAGAAUAUUUGAUAGCUCAUUAACUUUUAUAUAAUGACUUUGCAGUGUAAUCAUGACUGCUUCUUCUUUCUGCAUAACAAUUAUGUACUUGAUUUCUCUAGCCAAAAAACCAAGAUGGAAAUAUAAAUUUAAAAAAUGUUUUCAAAUAUUGAAAACCAUGAGAUGGUGAAUACUCACUAGAGCACCCCCUUAAAGCAAUAGUGUCUCAGGCCAAUGCUCCGUACUGUUAGCUCAACUGAAGGUAUAUAACUUACCAUGUUGCCGUCUUCGCAUGUUAUUAUGUUCUAUUAUUUUAGCUCUUUAUGGCAUACUGCUGAGUCAUUAGCAGUUUACUCUGUUCCUUUACAUAAAAGAGCGGACAACUGAACCUCAAAGAGAGACGGAACAGUUAGAUAAGUUAAAAAAUUAAGUUAAAAAAUGGCAGUUUAAAAAAAAAAUGGCAGUUUAAAGAACACCAAGUUACAAACACCAAGUUAAUUUAAAAAAAUAAAUAAAAAAAACUAAGGAAAAAUAUACUGGAACAUUCACCCAUGGUGGGACUUCUACCUUUUGAGUUUUGUAAACACCAUCUGAAGCAGGUGUUGAAGCAGUGUGAAGUCUUAUUCACUCCAGCUAGGGAGCAGAGCAGAGUCUUAAUGAUAACCCUAGUGUAACCCUAACCCCAGUCCUUGGCUGCAGCUUUGACAUUCAGCAGUCUCUGAAAUUUGUGCAUUUUCUUUUUUUUUUUUUUUUUCCUCCUUUUUCAUAAGUGUUGCAUGUGUAAUGGUGAAUACCAUUUAAUUAUAUGGUCAUAUUAGUCAUAAAAAAACCAGGCCAUAUCAUGUUGAGCUAUAGGUGGUGAUGGGUUCUCGCACACCGAUGGUGUGAUGUGAAAUUUAAAGAAACUGAGUAUUGUUGCAGUGGAUUCAAAGUCCUGGCUUCCUGAUGGAAUGUAGGCAGCAGUUUAAUAUCAGAGGCCAAGCUCUGAUUUCCUGUUUGAGUCAGAGGUUAAGUGUAACGGAUGCCUACCCUAGGGUCAGAGGUCUAGGGUUAACGCUAACCCUAUGGUCAGGAGUCUAGUGUUAACCCUAAACCUAGAUGCAGCUCAUCAUCCCUGCUGGUGUUUCAGUAACAAGCUACACAUGGCAGUAGUGAUGUAAACCAAAGAUUCACAUGCUUCAGUUGAAGAUCUUAAUCCUUUUAAUAAUAGACCAAUAUACUCACACUUGAAAUUACCUAGAUAAAACCCUUUAGAAUGCUUGGUUUAAAUGGUAUAACUAAUGUGUCAUUUUGCAUUGUGUUUUUGAGCUUCAUUCAUGUUUGUCAACCUAGCUCACUCAUCCAUACAGACCUUGAUAAUCUUAGCCCAAUUUGGUCUGCUUCAGCAACCGCCUCAUGGUGUGCAUUCAGAACCUGGAAUUUACACACCGUGCACUACUCAAAUGUGCACUGUUCUUGGUCAUGCACUAUUCGCAUACACUGGGGAUGUCAGUCUAACAUCAUUGAUCUGACAAACCCGCCAGCGCUCUCUUUUGCUCUCCUUCUUGUACUGUUUUAUGUAACUUUUUUUUCCCCCCUCUCUCUGUGCCUUAAUACAGAUAAAGUUUAUCAUAGGUUAAACCAGAGUUGAGGCUUUAUGGCCCACUGACCCUAUGCCUUUCAACUGUGAAUCUACAUCCUAAAGAAAGAUAGAAGUGUUAUCAUUUCCCACAGCAGGUAGUGAGUGUAAGAGAGGAGGUUCCUCAGCCCAGCCGUGUUUUAGCCCUGGGUCUCCUGCAUGCUGUGUCCUCAAUACCUCUGUGUACACACGUAUAAAAGACACCAUCGUGAUCAGUGUUUUAGAAUGUUUGGAAGAUUUCUUGUGAAGAAAAGCCUGGGGCUGAGCUCAGAGUCUCGUUCCCCCCCGUCGAAUUGUGUUUGCGUCACCAUAAAAGUUCCCGGAGACUCACCACCCACCCCCAGAGGUGCGGCUGUCCUGCUUGUCUUACCUGCUGCAUUUUGGUGGUGGUCUUUUUGUCUUCUGCAGGCCUGCAAGCAGCUACUGUUUGCGGUUGGGCUUCAGCUGAACACUGCAGACCCGCAUGUUUUUAACAGUGAUGAUGACCUUUACCCUGAGCACUGCAGACCCACAUGGCUUUGAGGGUGAUGUUGAACCUAACCCUCUACUCUACAGACCCACAUGGCUUUCCAAUUAUUAAUAAAGUCUGGAACUAAACUAAAUGUAGAAAUACCCCACUAUGCAAUUGUGUCCAUAAGUCCUGAGUGUAUGGAGCCCAGGUCUGGUGUCACCACUCUUUUUGGUGAGCCCCUUCUUUUUCUGGUUUGUAGGUUGUAAAUAUUGAAUUGUUAGUACAUGGUACUUGGUUUGCAUUCCCAUUGUUCGUUCAUGUUUUGGCCCCGUAGAAAAAGUGAUAGAGAGCUGCAAUCUCCUUCACCCUAAGUGAUCCUUCUAAUCUCCUGUGAUCGUUUUGUAACCGCUGCUUGUGACGUGUUGCAGGAGCAGCAUUCUGGCAGGGCUACAGAGUUGUACACACUUUUGAAAUCACAUUUUUAUUGUAAUGAUUUUAACCUCUUGUCUAUUAUUCAAUGAUUUUUAACCUCUUGUCUGAUGGGAGACGCACCACUGUGCACUUCACUCAAGGCACUUAAUCUCUGUACAACAGAACUCAGGAAAACUUCAAAGGAGCAUAAGGCAAAUGACCUUAUCCUAAAUACUAUAUGAGAAAUUACCCCCACAUAAGAAGUAGUUUAACAGUAUGAUGCUGUUAUACAAAUGGUUUAUGCUUUUAAUGUUUGUCCAUGGUUAUACCUAAGGAAGUCAGGUAUAAAAUGUGAAUUCAAAAUGGGAAUAUGGUCUGGGGAUGUUUCUUUAUAAACCUAUUUUUUAAAGUGCAUUUAGAUGCUGUUAUGUGCUCUGUGUUUUGGAUAGAGAUGGUAUUAAUGCUGCAAACUGCUAUGUUUUCUGCUUCUUCAUAAUCUUUUGUGAGUUGUCAGUCAAUUAAUGUGCUGUUUUGUCAGGUCUGGGACUGUGUUCACAAAGGUAAAGCAGUGGUGUUACUGUGUUACACGUUCCCUGUAUGCUGUUCUCUGCACCAGUACACACUAGCGUUUACUGCCUGCCCCUGGUUUGUUUUGUUUGAUGUCAAGUGAAAACUUGAUGGAAGUUGGGAGAUAGAAAAAUAAUAAAGUUUUAUAUUUUAA